AUGCUCACAUCGGAACCUCAAACCCAGGAGGAGCCAAAGGAAAUUCCACAAGGACUGACUGGAGAGGCUAAGGGAGAAAAACCGUUUCCAUAUCGGUUUGUGACGAAGAGGAAGAAAGAAAACCCUGUGGAUUUCAUGUCGAACUUUGGGAAGCUGGAUGUCACCAUACCAUUCCUCCAAGCCGUGAGACUGCCCCCUCUGGAGGAAGUUUAUAAAGGAGUUCAUAGCCGGGAAAGCCCAGGAGGAUGGAAAGAUCAUGGUGGAGGGAAUAUUGAAAAGCUCCAAGCCUUGGAUGUGUAUGCCCAGGUUGAUGUGGAAGCAACUGCAUGGUGUGAUCUGAUCAGUAGCCGAGGGUUGACUGACGAAGAGAUCGAAGAAGCAAUUACGGAAUUCUGUCAGAAGUCAGAACUAGCAGGAUCCGUAGGGGCCGUUGUACCGGCCAGUAUGGAGGAAAAAUCAGAUGCUGAACAAGAGCAAGAGGAGGAUUCAAAGAAAGAACCCUUUACCUACAGACACACUGCCCCCGCAAGGGAGGGAGACUCAUUCCAUGUAAUCCUCAAUAGCGGGCUGACUGAAGAGCAAGAGGCAAGGCUACUAACCGUGCUGGGCAAAAACAAGAAGGCUAUUGGAUGGAGCCUUACGGACCUGGUAGGUAUAAGCCCGAAUGUCUGCAUGCACCACAUUAGGCUGGAGGAUGGAGCCAAGGCGCAUAGAGAUUCUCAAAGGAAGGUGAACCCAAACAUGCGAGAAGAGAUACUAAAGGAAAUCUUGAAGUUGCUCUCACUGGGCAUUAUAUAUUCAGUACCAUAUAGUGAAUGGGUUAGCCCAAUCCAUAUGGUCCCCAAGAAGUCAGGGAUCCAAGUGAUUAAGAAUGAGAGAAAUGAGCUAGUUCCCACCAGACUAGUUACCAGGUGGCGAAUGUGCAUAGAUUACCGAAAGCUGAACAAUGCAACCAGGAAGGACCAUUUCCCCUUUCCAUUCAUCGAUCAAAUGCUGGAGCAACUGGCUGGGAGGAAGUACUUCUGCUUUUUGGAUGGGUACAGUGGUUACUUUCAAAUCGAUGUGGACCCGGAGGACCAGGAUAAGACCACGUUCACUUGUCCGUUUGGAACCUAUGCGUAUAGGCGUAUGCCAUUUGGUCUAUGCAACGCCCCCGGUACUUUCCAACGGCUUCUCCAGAACGAGGUGGAGUUCGUCUUCGAUGAGCAUUGCAAGGCUGCCUUCAACCUCCUUAAGGAAAGAUUGAUUUCUGCACCGAUCAUUCAGGCUCCUGACUGGGAUCACCCCUUCGAGGUGAUGUGCGAAGCUAGUGACUAUGCAGUGGGGGCCGUACUGGGUCAGAAGAUCGAUGGGAAAAGGUACGUGAUAUUCUAUGCAUCAAAAACCUUAAAUCAAGCCCAACGGAAUUAUGACACCACCGAGAAGGAGAUGUUGGCGGUUGUCUAUUCAUUCGAGAAGUUAAAGCAGUACCUACUGGGAUCCAGAGUCAUCGUCUAUACUGAUCAUGCGGCGAUCAAAUAUCUCAUUGCAAAGAAGGAGUCAAAGCCCCGACUGAUCAGAUGGGUGCUGCUUUUACAAGAAUUCGACUGGGAGGUAGAAGACAAAAAGGGAGUUGAAAACAAGGUAGCGGACCACUUGAGCAGAAUAAUACAAGAAGGGAACAGUGAAGAUGUGAGGGAUCGAUUCCCGGAAGAGCAUUUGUGUGAAGUGAUUUUCUCCACAAGGAAGAUCGAUUGGGAAGAAGUGAUGAGACUCACUGGUCAGGACGCAACAACCAAGGGCAAGGAGAAAGUGGGACAGGAACCCUGGUAUGCGGACUUGGAAAACUACCUAGUAACAGGAGAGCUGCCAAUGGUGCCAAACGUGACAAAGGCUCAGAGGAUGAAGAUCAAGAGCGAAGCAAAGUAUUAUUUCUGGGACGACCCAUACUUGUGGAAGGCAGGAACAAACCAUGUCAUUAGAAGAUGUGUUCCUGACUGGGAGCAACGGGAUGUACUGACGCACUGCCACUCCUUGGCAUGUGGAGAACAUUUUGGGCCAAGAAAGACUGCCAGGAAAGUGCUAGAUAGCGGAUUCUACUGGCCGACCCGAAUAGAGAUGCAUACGAGUUCUGCAAGGGCUGUGACCGUUGCCAACUGA